CACAGUCGGACAGUCGCGCGCUCACACUCAGUGGAUAGUUGUUGGGAGUAGAGAGAGAGCGCGCGCGAGCACUUCAUUACAUCCAGAGCACCAGCUGGAGGAAAUAUUCACCUGUGCGCCGCCGGGACGAAUUCACGAGGAUUUUCAUUUAUUUUAGCAGACUCUCUCGUCUUCAAGGCGCAGUGAGCGAGGACACUUGAAACAAGAAAUCUCUGUCGGAGUCCCUUUUCUUCCUGUCCUGUAGCCAGACAAGUUUAUUUCGCUUUGAAUGAGUGAGCUUCUACACAGGAACUGACCCGCGUCUGAAGGUUUCCAUUUGAUACAUUUAGCUCGGAGAGACUGCGUGUCUGCUUUCAUAAAGGGGACCGUAAUCGACCAUGGCGAGACAUGACGCCCGAAAGUGGCAUGACUGCUCAAAAAUGAUCGGACUGCUCUGCUUGGUCGCGUCGAUACUUCUCCAACACGGAGCGUCGGGUCAGCGGGUGAAGGUGGAGCCAGAGGUGUUGUCGUAUCCCGGCCAGACGGUCAACCUGCGCUGUGCCUUCACUGAUGCUACUGGGAUUCAGCUCACAAUGGUCACGUGGAUAUAUGAGCCAAAGGAUGGAGAAAGGAUCAAUAUUGCUGUGUUUCACCCCAACUUUGACCCCAACUACCCUGAAUCACCUGUGAAAGGCAGAGUCAGCUUCGCACCCAGUCCUCCAAACCUGGCCAGUCCCUCCAUCCAGAUAAGUGAUGUUAGGAUGACCGAUGAGGGGAAGUACAUUUGCGAGUAUGCUACUUACCCCAGUGGCAACGAGCAAGGCAUCACAUUCCUCGUAAUGCUGGCUAAGCCCCAGAACUCGGCCUCCACAAUAACAGUGGACGCAGGCACUAAGCCGGUCGUCGUGGCACGCUGCGUGUCUAUGGAUGGCCGCCCCGCUGCCCAGAUCUCUUGGGUGACCACAGCCAAUGGCAAUGCAACGACGGUGUCUAAGCCCGGUGCUGACAACACUGUGACCGUGACCAGCGAGUAUCGCAUGGUUCCCACAGCGGCAGACAACGGGAAAGACAUCAGCUGCAUUGUGGCGCACAGGACCCAGACCAAAGCAGAUAGCUUCCCCAUGAAGCUGGUGGUACAGUACGCCCCUCAGGUGACGAUAUUGGGUUAUGACAAUAAUUGGUACGUGGGACGUACAAAUGUGGUGCUAACAUGCCAGGCUACAUCAAACCCUCUACCGCUGACCACCCUGUGGACGACGAUGUCAGGAGAGAAGCCAGACACGGUGCAGAUCAAUGGCAACGAGCUGAAGGUGCUGAAGGUGGACGACGCUGUCAACACAACUUUUGUCUGUGAGGUGAAGAACCGUAUCGGGGUCGGGAGGGACCAGGUCACAGUCUUUGUCAGAGAGCCCUCAGUGAACCCAUCCAAUGUCGGCGUGGUGGCAGGAGCUGUGAUUGGCUCCCUGCUGGCCCUCCUCUUGGUCGCCGCUCUCAUCGCCGUGCUUGUCACCCGUAGCCGCAGGCAACAACAAGGUUACCGUGCCAAUGGCGGCAGCGACAUGAAGACACGUAUAUUUGGCGGCGGCAAGAAGGCCAGCAAGAACGGCACGGGCACAGGCAGCGGGGGCGUUGGAGGCGGUAACAACAACGGGCCUGUCUAUGUUUACAAUGAGAGCUCCUCCCAUCAGGGCCUCGCCGAGAAAAACAACCACCACCAGCCGCUCACCAUGGGUGGCCGGCCUGAAGUUGUCGCCACAACGCCCACCGCCCAAGACAUCCUUCUGAGCAGUGAAUUAGAUGACGCAGAAAGGAGGAAGUUUGACGAGCUGGAGGAGGAGGAGAGGUAUGACCACUUCAGCGGAGGAGCCCCCAUCCUUCAGCUUCGCCCACCGCAUGGCCAGGACGAUAUGAUUGGAGAUUACCUGGAUGAUGACAUGGAGUCCCAGAAGGACGGCUCCGUCAUCUCACGGACUGCUGUUUACGUAUAGAGAAGGAGAAGAGGAAAGGAGGAGGAGAUGAAAAAUGGAGGGAUGGAGGAUUCCUCCCAAGGAAUUUGUGGCUCUGGGGUCUUGUCCCUGUCUGAUAGAGAAGAGAAAAUGAUACCACUUUUAUUUUUGCAAAUUGAUUUUAAACAUAGCCUAUUAUUAAUCACAGUGCAACCCCAGAAAUGGACUGAGGAGGGAUAUUUGAAAGGAGCAUCGCUGUUAUCUGGUCCCUACGAACUGAAAAUCAAACAGAGAAAAGAAACAACCUGCCUCCCACUGCUUCUGCUCAUGCUAUCGCUAUCACUGGGACCUUGACAAGGACUCUUGACAGACAGACUAAAAGAGAGAAACCAUGUAGUGUGGGAGUGGGAUAAUGGAAUCACGAUACAAGCUUGGCUAUAGAGGAGGCAACUCACUUGCAUAUUCACUCUUAUCUUCACCAAAACAGUAGAAGUGGAAGAGGUUGUCAAGCAGUUACGUGUUGGCUGCUAUUCUCAGUCCUCCUGUGGGAAACCUUUUGUUUUGGUAAUAUGACGCGCUGUGACAGCUGGUGGGUAGUUAGUAGCCGGUGAUGGAUUGGGAGGAAGACAUUUUAAGAAACAGACAGUAGCCAUCAGGUGAUUUAGAGAAGAUUCGUACGCUCGAGUCUACUGGCGAGCUUUCAUUCUUCGCUCUCUCUGCCUUCCUCUCUAACUUCUCUGCAAACUUAUCAGCGGCGCUUGAAUCUACAAAAUUUCAAAAGAACAUUAAGACCUCGAGUGCUGCACAAACACAAAGGCAGCCGAUCUGAGCAAAGUAAGUUUGCAGGAGAGUUUGAGCUAAGUUCUUAACAAGGUAUUCACAUGCAAACUUUUGUACUGUGCCUGGAGGUAAGGGACGGUAAACAAGAGACGAGGGAGUGAGGUGUAGCCGAUCUGACAGGGUCAAGGGAUAGAGAGAGGGAUGCAGGAGAAGGAGAGAGGAGCACGUCUCUUCUUUUCUCUUCCUCCUCAUCCGCGUCUCUUCAGAGCGCUCCUGACAGGCGGAGCUUGAUUGGUAAUGAGCCGUGAAGUCGCUCGCUUAGCCGGGACCAACAGAUUGCCACCACUUAUCGUUUAUGACGUGGCGAUUCCUCCCCCUCCCACCUCUAUCUCUCUAUCGCCUCUCUCUCCCUCUCUCUCUCUCUUCAUCCCUCUCUCCCAGUGUUUAUGGGGAGGUUAUGAUUUAUCCGGUGGUGUUGAGGUCAGGGCCACAGAGAGCAGAGGAGUAUUUUACUGCUCCUGAUGUGUCAAACGCCCCACUUACUCUAUUCCAGCCCGGCCUGCCCUGACAUGCCAGGACUGACUAAUCCACCUGGAGUUGCCAUUUUCACUCCACUUCAGCACACGGACGCCUCCUCACACACUUUAGUAAAUGGCCGGAUGUAACAGAGCCCUACCCACAAAGUGCGACUGCAUUAGGUUAGAUAGAUUUUCAAUAAGAUCAUGUAAUAUUCCUUUCCAUUAGCGGAUAUUGUUAAAUGUAGUGAAUUGAUCGGGAGACACUAAAGGUUGCGUCUACAGCGAGGCUAUGGGAGUCAUAUUGACUAACAGGCUACAAGCAGUGAAAUGGCCCUUUAUGAUGCAGCUUCAGGGCUGAUUGUCUCCUGACUGUUAAUUUAUCCUUCUAACGAGCCACCGGAGGCCAGCUCAGGCAAAUAUUGCUCCGUGGCUGCCGCAUGCUGCUGUCUUUGAGGCUCAGCGUGCACAUUUGCAUGCGUCACUGUAUCUAUGUAGCCACUGGAUGACUGUGAUGGACAAUCUUGGAGAGAAGUGCCACCGUAGCUCCUCUAAUCAUGCUUUACCCUGCCUUCUAAUCUACUCCCCUUUGACCCACUGGGAAUCUGGUGAGCGUAGCUCUCAGAUGACUGUACUGCCCUCUUGCAAGGCCCGGCGAAGAACUGGGCUGCAGUUCGCUGCAGGUCAUGAGGUCAAAUGCAGGGUGACCCAUAGCCAGGAGCAAGGAUGGCUGCAUUUCCUAUCAUAGUUGUUUUUAACCUUGAGCUAUAGAGGUGAGAAACCCUCAGUGCAAGUGUCUGUGUAAGGAGAGGCCGUCCUUGUUUGCCAUUGUGAUGGCUGUUAACUUUCAGAGAGGCGGAGAGAGAGAACAGGAGAGGGACACAAGAGGCAGAUGAGAAAAACAGAAACGGUGUUUGAGCACCGUCUAGCAUUCUGUAAGCCAGCGUGUUCAAUGGGAUUAUCGUCUAAUGGCCUUAGCUUCUACAUAAAUGCAACUCCUGUCAACCUGGGGUACAGUGAAUUUACUCAACACCGCUGAUUUGACACAACCACUCAAAAAAAAAAAAAAAAUGUAUUACUUAUUUUUGCACUUUUGUGUGUCACCGCUUCAAAGAGAAAUAUGAGUGUAAUACUUGGUUUUCGGGGUCAAAAUAAGGGACAAAACUGUUGUAUGUACAUUUUGGUGUGAGGUAUCUGUGUACUAUAUAUGUAAGCAUCUUUAUUUUUCUUGUGAAAAUGUGGAUAUUUAUGAAAAUGUAAAUAUCAGAUUGAUGGAGCCAGUGUUGUGGAAGUAAAGAGGCGCACAUGGUCGGCAAAGCCUGAAGUUCAAAUGUCUCAGAGAGCAUUCAGAAUGUAAUUUUUAAUCUAAUGAAUACCUCGGUGGUUCGGGUGUUAAAACACACUGAACCGACUGAGGAGAGUUUACCUAAAGCCUAAGAGUUGAUUUCUAUUGGGAGGAAAAAUUAUAUAUGCUUAUAAUUUUUGUGUUUUGUUAGCAUUGCCUGCAUUUCCACACAAUAAGCACACGGUGUUUCUUUGCACAACUGGCUUCUCCGUCUCCUUGACAGACAUCCUGCGCAAUGCAAAAAUACCCACAAUACUCAUAAUUUAUCAGGUAGACCGUAACCGCACAAGCGACGGUCUGUGUUGAGUCAGCUUUGUGUGUGUGUCUGUGUGUGUGUGUGUAGUAGUAGUAGUAGUGUCAAUGUGUGUGUUGUGAUGCUUGGGGUGCCUUGAGACAUCUCUCGCUGCUAUUGGGGCUGUAACCUGAGUAGCCACCCUUUGUCACCACGGAAAACCGGCAAACUAAAGAUAUUAUUGUGCAUUUUGAAGGCACGCUCACUGGCACACGCUCACACACAUACUGUACAUACGCAGAAUGCAGAGAAGCAUUCGCCCACACACAAACACCCCUCAGUCACUCUCAUUAUGCUCACUCCCACAGCCAAACUGUGCAGAAGACACCUCAUACCUGAAAACUCUGCCAUCUCCUGACAUAAGCCCACACAAAUGCGCUCGCGUAGAUGCACACAAACACUUCUUCUCUCUCCGCUUCUUGCUCAGUGGCUCUGUCAGGACAUAUACCGCGUCCUGUUACUGUGGAAAAAGCAUGAUGUGUCCCCUGCUCCACUGCUUUCCAUCCCCCAAAUAGUCCAACCCUGAAUCAGCGACCACGUAGCCUAGAACACGUUCAGGGACACACACCUUUCACCCAGUGUCAGAAAAACAAGCUUUUUAGGAAACCAUUUGUCCGUUCCGCUUUUGUUCUACACCGGGGAACUCAGCUUUCAAAAAAAUGCCACUGACUGCGCUGACCUGCUCCCCCCUUCUCGGAUCCCUCAGAAUGCUUUUAGAGAGUCACAACUUCCUACACAUCUCCAAAAUGUUGUUUUUCGACUUUUUCUCACUUCAGCCACCUACACCUUCGCGACCGCCUUCACAGACACACACGUACACCACUGCCACCCACCCGAGCACCCAAGUAAGGCUUGUCAGACAAAAUGCUUUUAGAGAAAUCCGCAUUCCUGGCCCAGGUCUAGCACAAGGUUAGGCAGUCAAAAUACCCAAUAUUUUUCUUUUCUUUUUUUUUUUUCCCCAGAAAGUCACAUUUUCUUUCAAACAUUUGAUGACUAAUCAAAGCCUUAACAUCUCCCAUCUCGCUCACAUAAAAGAAGAAAAAAAAAAGAGAGACAACCUCCCUGUGUAUAAAGUAUAAAUAUAUAAAUAUGUAGCAGAGAAAAAGAUAUUACUAAUUUAUGGUGUCACGUUUGUGUAUUUCUCAGUGACAGCAAGCAUGAAGGAUUUAUUUUCUCCUAUUACAGUUUUCCCUCGUUUCUGUUAUUUUGCAGUGCUUUAUAAUUUAUGUUUUCUGAGUGCUUUAUUCUUGACUGCUGCGCUGUGAUUGCUGCCAAAACUGGCAAAUGUGCUUAUUCUAUACAAAUGAACUGUACACACAACAAAACAGUCUUACCCCCCAAGAUGUGCUUUUUAUUAUCGACUGCUCUGUGUAAACGUUUAUUUCUUUUUGUAUUUUUCUUUUUUAAUUUCAGAUUUAUUUUGGUCUUUUUGAAGAGAAAAAUAAGGAUUAGAAGUGUUGUCACCAUUUUGUCGUGUCUUUCUAUAUUUUUUUGUAUUUGGUUGCUAUUAUUAAAGAUUUCUUGAUUUUUGAAACAUU